AAAACGUGUCAUUCGUCAUCUCCUACGCUAAUUAUUCCCUCUCCCGCUGCAGAGCGGGCUUUCGUGGACUACAUUUCCCACGAUCCCGUGCUGCUUUGCUCUGUUAGCGCACGCGACAUGUCAACAAACACCAAAGUCACUCACUGGAGUGAAUCUGGGCUGUAACAGAUAUCACAGCAUGAUCGUGUAUGUGCGGUUUAAUUCCAGCCAUGGGUUCCCAGUGGAGUUGGAAAGGGGUGCGAGUGUAUCUGAACUGAAGCAGGUGGUGGGGCGUUUGCAGGGCGUACAGCCUGAUCAACUGCGGGUCAUCUUUGCUGGACGAGAGCUCUGCGAUGAAUCCACACUUCAGGGCUGCGAUCUCCCCGAGCAGAGCACGGUUCACGUGGUCCUGCCCCCGUCCUCGACCCGGCGCUCUGAGCUGGUCCUGCAGCGCAUGCUGAGCCACGGGACCGAGAGCUUGACCCGACUCGACCUCAGUAGCUCCCGUCUGACCACCGCAUCUGAAGGCCUGGCUGUCAUUCUGGAGACAGAUGCGUCCAGACAGGGGGACUCUGCUGGACACACAGAAACCAAAGGCCACAGCAGUUUCUAUGUGUUCUGUAAGGCGGUCUGCAAGGCCAUCCAGCCUGGAAAACUACGCGUUCGGUGUAGAGACUGCAAACAAGGCACCCUUACUCUCAGUAGGGGGCCGUGCUGCUGGGAUGAUGUCCUUCUCCCUAACAGGAUUCAUGGAGUAUGUCAGUCACAAGACUGUGAUGGCAGACUAGCGGAGUUUUACCUGAAAUGUGCUGCCCACCCCACCGGUGAUAAUGACUCUUCAGCAGCGCUGGACUUGAUAAUGCCCAACACACGCAGAGUGCCCUGCAUCGCCUGCACCGACAUUGUGACUCCAGUGCUGGUGUUUCAGUGUGCUGAGCGUCACGUGAUCUGCCUGGACUGCUUCCACCUGUACUGUGUGACCCGACUCAAUGAGCGGCAGUUUAUCCAGGAGCCGCUGGUGGGAUACUCCCUGCCCUGCGCAGGUAAACACACCUUAAGUGUUCAUGGACAUGAAUGGCUAUUAGUGUGUGUGUGUGUGUGUGUGUGCUAGGCUGCUGUGUUUGGC